AAUGAUCGAACGAACAUACCUGGUGUUCAUCGUCUUUGGCGAAGAUGGAGGUGUCACUUCACUCCACAGCUUGACGGAGACGCUGGGGUGUCAAAGUGUUUUUAGUUGCAUGUUUUAGUCCAGUGAGAUCGUCGAUUCCGGGGAGAAAAUUGAACGAAAAUGACGUCCCGGUUGGAGAAGGAGCGUACAAAACAAAUACAGGAGAAAUGUCAGACCUUAUUAACCCAAAUGCUUCGAGAUGAAGACAAUAAAUAUUGCGUUGACUGCGAUGCAAAAGGACCACGAUGGGCUAGUUGGAACCUUGGGAUAUUUUUAUGCAUUCGCUGCGCUGGAAUACACAGAAACUUGGGUGUUCACAUAAGCAAGGUCAAGUCUGUGAAUUUAGACACAUGGACUCCGGAACAAGUUGUGAGUCUUCAGCAAAUGGGUAAUUCACGAGCUAGAGCUGUGUAUGAAGCAAAUCUUCCAGACAGUUUCCGCAGACCACAGUCAGACUCUAGUCUGGAGAGUUUUAUCCGGGCAAAAUACGAGCAUAAGAAAUACAUUGCCAAAGAAUGGGUACCACCAUCUUUACCUAAGGUGAACUGGGACAAAGAACUUGACGAAGAAGCGGAAAGACAACGUAGACGCAAAAAGGAAGGAGCAAAAAGUAGCGGGGGACAGACAUCACUACCGCCAGUUAAAAAACCAGAAGCAGUUCCACAGCUUCCUAAACCUCGCAGUUCUGUCAGCCCAAAAUCAACUAGAGCCAAUCCGUCCGCUACUCUAGAUUUGUUAGGAUUAGAUGCACCGUCAAGCCAAAGCAAUGCCAACAGUUCAACAUCUGGCGAUGAUAUAUUUUCUUCGUUCCUAUCAGCCCCACCAGCCUCAUCUUCAUCAUCUUUAAACAGCGCUGCAAAUGGAUCAACUGCAGAAGCGACAGCUUCUGCUGAAAAAACGGAAGAGGAAAGCUUUUUUAAUCAGCCUGUGCCCACACCCCAAGAAAAGAGUAAAAUGACAAAAGAUAGUAUCCUGGCACUCUAUGCCACUCCCAAUCAACAGCAGAGCAUGUUUGGAGUUCCAGCAGGAGGUAUGUAUGCUCAGCAAACAACGGCGCAACAAUUUCCACAACAGAUGAGUGCAAUCCCUGGGUUUGUUCAACAAAAUAGUUUUCAAAACCAUUCAAUUAACUCGCUUGGACAAGUGAACCCUGUCCAAGGACAAGUGGGAAUGCAAAAUCAAUUGGGCAGUUUACCACCCAAUCAAUUGGGUGCUCAAUUGAACCCAGCAUUGGGGAAUCACCUCGCAGGAAACAAUAUCAAUCAAAUGAAUGGUGUGCAAAAUACUGCAAUGGGAAUACCAGGCAAUCAAAUGGGGGGAAUGGUCCAAAUUGCCCAAAAUGGAUCGAAUAACGGAUGGAGUGGAAUGCUGGCAUCACAAAACUUACAACCUGCUCCGGGUAGUAAUCCUUUUUUUAAUUUACCAAACCAACAACAGAGCACCGCUUUUGCCAAUCAGCUUCCCCAACGGAUGACACAAAUGUCGUUAGGAGCAACCAGUUUUCCACCAGUAUCUGGAAAACCAGCUGCCCCGACGAUGCCUGGACAAACACUAUCGACCAACUUAUGGCAGUAAUACAAUCCACCAUGUAGGUAAUCGGUUUGUUCGUUUAAUCGAUGUUGUGCGCUCGCGUUGUUAGGCCUAUUUUGUUUCGACAUGUUUAUUCACAUUACAACGUUGUCACUCAUCUACAAAAUCGGGUACCAGAAAGAAGCACCCUCAGAUUUUCAAGAAGCAGGCACAACAAUGGUGUACCAUUACACAAGGAAACACCUUAUAAUGGAAUCAAAGUAUUAUGUAACUUCAAAUAGGGAAAUCAAUAUCUUACAAUAAAUUAUCUCAGUGAUAUUGAGGGUUCUAAAACUCCCCAAAUAUCAGGGAAGACCUGUAUACUUGUGCAAAGAAAACUUUAUCAGUAAAGAAUUCUUUACUUCGUUACUUCUUACAUAAAUCUAUCGGUCACUGUACAGUUCAGCGUUCGUGCCUAUAUCGUCUUUUUUUAUCUAUAUUUCUGCAUCUACUGGCUAGUGGAAGGAUAUUGGUAAUGAAUUUUUCUCUAAUAAUAUUAAUAAAUAUCUACGGCAUACUCGAAAAAUCUAUUAUUCACGUCAUUACCGCUAUAAAUUAUUCUAUACUCACAUUAUUUCAUAUCAGCCAACAACUGUAGAUAUGAAUCACACUUAUGUUCAAGACAGAUAUUAAUGCGGAACAAUUGGUUAAACUCGAGGUUUGUCACAACUCACCCGGUAUGUACGUAGAAGCCCGGAAACUAACAAAAUCGAUAUAACCCAUCGAUUAGUCCUUGAGUCUGUGAGUACACAGACUUUGAAAUGUCAUAUCAAAGUAGAACUGGCUGAAAACUAAAAUUGAAAAACAAGAAGACUGACUAGAAAUGAAAACAGUGCAUGAACUAACACAGUAUGACCUAUUGCCUAAAGUGUCGUAAUUACCAAUAAACGUGCCAAGACUUUACAAAAACGUGGAACUUGUUACGAUAAUUACUUCUCAAAUCAUUUUUGUUAAUUUGAGAAUAUUGCAUAUUACUUGUCCACGUUGACGAUGGCGGUUAUAUAGGUGCAACAUUCUUACUUCGUAUUUUUCACUGUCUGAAUGCAAUGAACCAAAUGUUCAGGGCUAUUAACAUAAGGCUUAUCACCCUGCAAAGGCAAACUGGAUUUACGUGGAUCCCAAGUCCUUGUUGAUUAAAAUUGCAAAUUUUCGUAUAAUUCAGAAUCCAAAGAAAUUAAAAUUCUUGUACUAACAUCUUUCUAAGACUUUGAUUAAUACAACAAUUCAAUCAGCAAGCACAUGCGAUAAAAGCUAGCAAAUUCCACCUUAUUAUGAUAAAAUAUAUGUGCCCUUCUAAGAUUAAACAAUUCCAUGAACCAAGAUUCAGAAUUCAAUCAAUUGUAUAAUAUUGUAGUAUGCAAUUUCGACAAAUACGUUUCAUGUUAUUAUAGGAAGGCGACAGAGAAUAUUAAAUUGAAAAACCAUAUUGAACUUCUUAAUUGGAGAAAUGUGAUCCUUGGAUAUUCCAACGUUUCUCCGAUUUGAACUAUAUAUUCGUGUACCCCUGAGCACGAACGAAACUUAAAUGAUAUAGACAAUAAUUUUUUCCAUGUUUGUGAUCUCCGAAUCUUGCUUGACAUAAAACUGAGUAAUUGUGAAUGGGUAUGUAAAGAGAUGUCUAUGACACUAGAAUUUCACAAUAUAUAUAUUGGACCGUCCUCGUUCUCUUGCUCGAGUAUUAUUAAAUCUUACUCAUAUCCAAUAAAAAUAUCUCAUUUUCAACUCUUUUUUGCUUCAAAUAAAUCAAAGAGUUACCUGCUUAAUAUACAAGGAGCUGUAUUUGGAAUGAUAGUAGAAUUUAGUUAAUUGCAUCCUCUUUUUAAUAGCUUAAUGUUGAAUCAUUGUACAUGUGUAGAAAUCCGAUAGCAUGUUGUGUAACCAAUAAAUGAAAUAUUGGAUACUGAUCAGAUCAUAUUUACCAAGCAAGAGUUAGCAUGUAGUCGAUUAUGUCAUUUAACCGUGUUUGAAGAAACCAAAUUGAAAAUUGAUUGCAUAAUUCACUACACUGCGUGCAUCCUUGGUAUUGACAAACACAAAAAUGUUGUCAGUUUAGCUAUACGUUAUAAUUACCUUCAGUAACUUUAAUAGUAAUAUCGUGUGAACCUAUUCACUAUGUACGUACAUUGAAGGUGCUAUCACACUUGAAUAUUAUGUACGACAUUUGUAGGUCCGUUGAUAUAAAAGUUUCAAUCCGUGUAUCGUAUAGACAUGUAAAAAUAUGCAUAUGUUGUACAUACAAAAUACAUAUAUUAUUAUGCCGGUGCAAAAUAGUUGAUGAAAAUUUUGAGCGAAAUUUAUCAGGUCAGACCGUGAUUUUUGAACGAUAUUUUGAGGAAUUUGAUCUCUUUUUUACUACCCACGAGGUAAAUACGAGUAUAAUAGUUACCACCUCAUUUUUGCUAAUACUUUAUAGCGGUUAAUCAGCUGAUAUGUACUUUAUUUCAGCAAAAAUCAUAUGAAUUCUGUAAACAGUAAGAAGUUUAUUCUAUUUGAGCAAAUAUAUUUGUACAUAUAUAGGAAACUCAUCUUGAU